GCAUGUGUUUGGAGCCAUGCCUCAAGCCUCAAGGACCAAGAAACCCGACGUAAAAGUCGUCAUUCUGGGGGACAUGAACGUGGGAAAGACGUCUCUCCUGCACAGAUACACGGAGAGGAAAUUUAAAGACACCAUCAGCACAGUCGGAGGGGCGUUCUUCCUGAAACAGUGGGGACCCUACAACAUAUCCAUAUGGGACACUGCAGGUCGGGAGCAGUUCCAUGGCCUCGGCUCUAUGUACUGCCGUGGUGCGGCUGCAGUCAUCUUUACCUAUGAUGUUACAAACUGGCAGAGUCUGGCUGAGCUAGAGAACCGCUUCCUGUCCUUGACCGAUACUGCCAAUGCUGACUGCAUUUUUGCCAUAGUGGGUAACAAAGCAGACCUGACUGACUCUCUCGCUCAAGGCCCUGACACAGAGGGUGAGCAAGGAAAUGCACCCCAGCCUGUCAUCACAUGUCCAAUUCCUCCAAGUCUACUACUGCACAAACAGGUUAGCAGAGAGGAUGCCAUGGCCCUGUAUGGGCGCGUGUUACGCUACAAAGGCCUGGAGGAGAAUGCAUGUCUACCUGCCGAAAGUGUGUGUUUUGAAACAAGUGCUAAAACAGGCUACAAUGUGGAUGGUUUGUUUGAAACCCUCUUUGAUCUGGUUCUGCCCUCCAUCCUGAAGAAAAGGAGUGAGGGAGAGAGCUCCACAGUGGACCUGGAGACACCUAUGGAGGUGAAAAGUACUAAAGCUGGAUGCUGUGCAUAGGAGAUGUGAGGAUUAUGGUAUUGUUGUUUUGUGAAUCAAUGCCAAAAAUAAAAAUCGUAUUGCCACAAUUACAGCUAGUUCAUUUUACAGUAAUAGUUCACCUAAAAUGUUUUAAUUCUUUCAUGAUUUACUGAAGUGCCUAAUGUCACUUCAAACAAGAACGACUUUCGUCUGUGGAACAAAAAAAGUUUUUAUUUUUAAAUCAAAAAUCCACAUGUCUUUUUCCAAAUAAUGUAAGUGAUUGGUGACGCAGGGCUGUCAACUCCAUUAAGGACAAUAAAAUAGCAUAAAGACACAGUAGUUGAUAUGACUUGGGCACUUUUUUCCAAGUCUUAUUAAGCCAUACAAUUACUUUGUGUAAUGAACCGAGCGAAAUUUACGUUGUACAGCACCAAAAUCAAAUAUGACACUUGGAAUAACAUCAAACCUCACCAUUAUGAUGAAAACACCAUGGAAGGAAGAGUCAUACCAGUUUGUAGUGGCAUGAAUUUUAUUUUUAGGUGAACUAUUCCUUUAACUACUGCUAUUUUCAGAAUUUUUCAAAGCAGUAUUAAAACAAAAAUCAACUUAGUAUCUUUUCAAUACACAUGGUAUCUUUUUUUUUAUGUUAAAAUUAUAUCCAAAAUACAUUUUAUAUAUUUGAAAAUUAUAUAUGUCAUAUUUUUCCAACACUGCCACACUUUAGUCUAAUUUGAGAAAAAUGGAUUCCUAAAGUUUGGAAUAAAUGCAUUAGUCUGUGUGGUUGGUAGUAUGAAUUUUAUGAAAUGAGGCUAUAGGACCUUGCCAGUGUACCGUUUCCCCAAAUUGUUGUUGGGGAAGAUCUUGGAUAUACAAGUAAUGUGCCUGUCUGCAUCCAUCCAGUUUUUUUUUCUUCUUCUUCUCCUCCUUUUUUUCCCCUCUUUUAAACAGGCCAAAGAUUCAUUUUACAAUAAUUAUUUGCGUGAUGUUCUGAAUAUGACUUACCCAGGGUAUUUUGUUACAUGUGUAACCUAAUGCUUUAUAAAUGUGUAAGUUUAUACUCUAAAAGGUAUUAUGAGAUAUUGUUCCCAAUUAACACAAGAAAUGACACCAAUGUAACAAGGGCAUGUAUUUUUCUGUUAUUCAAUAACACACUAUUAUUCAAAAUCAAUGUCUUCAAAUAUUCCACUUAUAAUUACAUUUUAAAGUACAUUUGGUAAAAAAUUAAAAUACACGUUUUCAUAGAUUGUAGUUUUGGUAUCAAAAACAUGCUAGUGGUUUAUGGCUUUGAGGACAAUAUACUUAUGCAGUGUGCACUGAAAAUUGACAAAGCUGUUCAAAGUCCAAAAUAACAUGAUCACUUCUAGUUGACCCAUAUUUGGUUCAGUCGAUGUUUACAGACUUGUUGAUGAAAGAGUGGGAGCCUGUUUGUGUAUUUACAUAUAAGUGGGAUAAAGAUUGAACUCGUAGACUUCAAAUCUAUCAGUAGAGAUUGACUUUGCCUUGGCCUGAUGUGUCCUGUAAACCUCAGAGAAAAUCAGUGCAAUUGAUGUAACCAAGUUAGGGUACAGAUCAAAUAAACAAAAAUUAUCCUUUUGAUUGGACAAAACUCUAAUAAAGAGGUUCAAGUCUCAGUGUUUUUGAUCUUCUAUGAAAUAAAAUAUCAUACCAUAUCAUGUGACACCAUGUGCUAAUUAGAAAUAGUGUAACAGGGGUGAAGGCACUACAUAACAAGAGGUUAUGUUAGACAAACAAUUCUCAAAAAAAACAAAA